UUAACACAGAGUUUGUGCGCCGCCGGAGCGCAGAGACACCCGAGGCCGCCGUCACCUGCCAGCACGAGCACAGGCGGACACGGUACCGGAGGACUGACGCUACAGCAGCUUUUACCGACGAACGCGAGGAGCAGGGAGCCGAGAAAAGCGCCGGAGCGGCCGCCGCAUCGCUGCCCGCCUCUCCUGUCGAAGAAGCCCGGUGCUGAGCGGAAAAGACCGUUCAGAGAGACCGGCAACAAGAACGGGAGGAGGACGAGCAGAGUAGAGGCUCUGAAUAACAGCUGAGGAGGAUUCAAACUGAGGAAUUAUCACAACAUUCAGAGUGAACUCUGCCCCGUGGAUGUGUCUGUUUUUUUACUAUUUCUAAGGAGAGUCAUUCAUCGGAAAAGACAUUAAUCUUUUUUGACAGUAAUUUUUCACCUCGACGUCUUGCCUGGGAGAUAAAAGAUUUGCUACUCUUUCGUCUUUGUGAACCUUUUGAUCGCCAAAUUUUAGAGAAAGUCCAGGAGCUGAAGGGGAUUUUUUUUUUGCGCAAUCUCUUUCAUUUUCUGUUGUUACGUCUCUGUUAUCUCACUCUUUUUUUCCUGAUGACGUUCUGUUUCUCAUAAAAGAAAGAGGACUGUUUCAAGUUUCCCUGACAGGAGCUCCGAUAGCAUUUGCAUUCCUGUUUUGCUCUCACAAGGGGACACAUCCUCCCUUGUGUGUGUGACUGAGCGUCCCUCUGCGAUACAUUGACGUGUCUCAGGGGACAAUAACCAGUCCUGUGUGUCUCUUCUGGGAAAAAUGGGAUCGGAAAAGGACUCAGAGUCGCCUCACUCCUCGGUGAGCGGCGUCCCCAAUCCUAAGUGCCGUGCGGCGGGCAAACGCCAGGGCCGCAUCUCCUUUCACAGCCUCUUCCACAGCAAACGGGGCUCUCGGGGCGCCAGGGGCCCCAAAGGAGGAGCCGCCACCCCUUUAUCCCAUCAUCACCAACACCACCACGCACAACAGCUUCUCCCGACUGCCUUGAGCUCAGUGCCCGCCGCAGCCUCUGCUACGCCCACAACGACCACCACCACAGCCACCACAACCCCCCAGGACGCUGCCUCCAGCACCCCUUCAAAGCCACUCUCCUCCAGCCAGCCGUCUCUGGGUGGAGCCCCGUCCUCCGGGGACGCCAACCUCCUGGAGUGCCCCCUGUGCCUGGUGCGCCAGCCCGCCGACCAGCUCCCCGAGCUGCUGGGGUGCAGCCACCGCUCCUGCCUCUGCUGCCUGCGGCAGUACCUCCGCAUCGAGAUCACAGAGAGCCGAGUCCAGCUCAGCUGCCCCGAGUGUGCCGAGAGACUGGCCCCGCGACAGGUGGCAGACAUCUUGGAUGACGCGGCCCUACUGGAGAAGUACGAGGAGUUCCUGCUGCGGAGGUGCCUCGCCUCCGAUCCAGACUGCCGAUGGUGCCCGGCGCCUGACUGCGGGUAA